CAUUAGAAACUUUUCUUCUACCAAAAUUAAGGUACUGUUUUUCUUGAAAUUCUUGACGAGGACAAAAAUUUUUGUGCGCAAAUCGCGCGGUUCAAUAUCGAACUUGUUGGGUAUUUCGUAAUCUAUUUUUAUUUGGCGGUCACAUCUGCAAACAUGAGAUCUUUCGCCAGCUUAUUAACCCCGUCGAUUUAUAUGGGUACUUUAUGGGGACUGUAGAGAGCAUUGCCGAAGAAAACAGCGUCAUACGAUUUGUCGACUCUGUGGAAAUCAGCCACGAAGAAGAUACUUCAAUCCUCACACAGGAACAUGGUUUGAACGAACAUGUCUCGGAGAAUAAAGAUUGGGUAUCACAUGUUCCCAAAGUUGACGAUUCUCAUGGGAUCGCCACAGUUGCUCCAGCGGACUCCAUGUUGUACGAAGGAACCUACGAAGACUAUGAAAUUCUUGGCGACACCGCUGUACAAACAAGCGAUCAAGAAGAAUUCGGAUUAGUGGGAACCACCAAGUCAGAUCUUAGCAUCGACGAAGACCAUUCACCUGGACUGAAAUACAUCAGACCUCCAAGAAGGACGUCGUUUAAGAAGAAACCAAAUGAAGCGAAGAGUAAGUCUGGAGAUACUGUGCGUAGAUCUUCCUUGGGUGGGCCUUGA